AGGCAAAAAUCAUAAUUAUAAGUUGGGAGCUCUCAGAAUAAAUUAGUAGUAUUGUCGCAGUAUUCUGAACAAGAUCGAAAACCUACCAUUAGAUACUUACAUUCAAGAUGGCCCCUGAUCAUUUUUCUUGUGGUUGCCCAUUUUGUUUGCCCAGACGGAUCACUUUGGACGGCAUCACUCUGUCAAGAAGCUUAGUAUGGAUGCUAGUGGUAAUGCUCUUAGUGAAGCCAGGCAGAUCUGCCAGCAUCAGUGCAGCAAGCCCUGAGUCUCCAAACCAUCUCCUUGACAACAAGCCUCAAUCUGACGUAUCCUCACAGAAAAUGAUGAUUAAUUCAAAUGAAGCAACAAGUUGUGGAAGUGAGAGUUGUAAUUGCUACCCACUAGGAAAGUGCAAGCCCUGUUCGAGAUUUGACAUGGGGAGGCAACAAAGAGAGUGCUUGAGGACUGGCUACAAGCAACACGCCUACUGUCCAAGCACCAAACAAGAACAUUUUAUCAGCUGUCACUACACGCCUCACCCGUUUGAGACGAGAAUGUUCUGGCUGUUUGAGGGUAGUGCAUUCUCACUGGGAGCUCUAGCCUACGCCAUUGUCUACCUCAGACAGAGGAGGAUCGAGAAAAUGGUGGCCAUGAGGAUUCAGCAGCAAAUCAAUGCUUGAACUUCUCUCUUGUAUGUCAUGCAAUUAUGGUGUUUUAGUUUCUUAAUUAAUCAAUGGCAUUUAAAUUCACUCUAACUACUAUUGUAUACUAUUUAUUAUCACACAUGUCACGACACUUGCGUUAUACAACCAAGCAAUAUAUCUAUUGUGACCUCUCAAUCUCAUGCAGGCAUGUUCAAAAAUAUCGUGAAUAAAAUUAAUGAUGA